GAGAAUUGCAGCAUUAUUAUUUAUGUGAUAUAUAUAUAUAUAUAUAAAGGGUUAUUGUUUGUUACGGUAAACGUAAAAUCAGUUUCUUUUGUCGGUUUUCCGCUACGGUGGGCGUCAAAGCAAUCUGUCCUCUUCUUCAGCAACAACGUAGCCACCGCUUCAUCAAUUUUCAAUCAAAUUGCUUACUGCGGAGAGUCUUCGUAGCUUUUCUUUUGCCCUUUUCGGCUCUCGAUCUUCUCUGAUCGUUUCAUUGAUCGACUUUGUGGGUGCUUAGGUAUUUACGGGCAUCUAAGAGUUGGAUGAGUCCCUUGAGUUGGCUACUUUGGGGGGUGUCUGGAAAGGUUUACCCGCCUGUCACCUGAAUGAGAGAUACUAUUUCUAAGAUCUGAGCUGCUGGAACAAGAAGGAUUUAUUCCUUGAACAAAGGAAUCAGGCACCUUUUGAAUUCACUGUGCAACAGAAGGAAGGAUUUCAUUCCUGAUAUCCUGUAUUCCCAUUAAGUUUCAUUAUUCAUGAACACUGCAAUUUCAAAGAUUUAGUUGUACUUCUGCAUUGGGAGGGAACAAUAGUGAUUACCAAGGACUACAUUUUUUGAUUUGCGGAGGGACUACUUAAGUUGUGCUCAUGGAGUGUGUGCUUAGCAUUGCCAUGCUAAUCCAAGCAAUAGAGGCUGUGUUGGUAUGGUGCUUUUUGCUCAUAGCUCUGCGGUUGUUUCUGAGGAUGGUAGGAUGCUUGGGAAUAGCCUAUGUGAUUAGAUUUGCAAGAUGAUGGUUGAACAUGCUAAGGGAAAUUGAUGAGAUUAGAGAUCCAGGAAUAACCUAAAAUUCUUGGUAUUGGUGCCUUGCUAGCUUUGACGUGAUGGAUGGCAUCUGCUAGAAGGUUUCAUUUAAGAACUCUAAUUUGAAUUUGGUGUGACAGCUGACUAUUUCUUGCAGUGAUUGUCUAGUGUGAAGGUUUUUUUUUUUGGGGGUGGGGGGGGGGGGGGUGAAAAAACUGUAAAAAUGUGAGAAUUGUGUGUGAACCAACUCUCUGUUUUUCUUUAUUACGUGAGGGAAGGCCUUCAUACUGAAAGCUGAAGACAUUAUAUUGAUGCUUCUUGUAUUAAACUCACACAUGAUCACAAUCAUCAGCUACUGACUACUAUUGCAUUGUGGCCUGGGUGUUGGGCUGGAAGAUGCUUGAGGAAAUCUAAGGUUUCGCAUGGAACAGAAUUAAAUCUUUCUCCUCUUUGUAUACUAAAUUUCAAGUAGGUUUGACAAAUUGGUUGGAGCUGGUGUCAUCUGAGGUGAAACACCCGGUGUGGUGCCAUGGAAGAUGAUAAUAAUUUCAAGGUGCAAGGAGGAAGUAAGAUUCUCGUUCAUAUUUCAAAGUAAAUUUAUGCUUUACAAUACUUGAGUAAUUAUAACUAACAAGAUGGAGGAAGUGUUUUCCAUUAACACAAUGUUGCCUUAUUACUAUCCGUUUGUCAGUAUAGGUGAUCAUAAUUUUCCUCUGAAAAGGGCUGUUAUAUGUUCUAACAGCUGGGUCCUGUUGUAAGACUUGAGAAGGAGAAAAAUGUUUCAGGUGGAUAAAGGAUGCUUCUUCGAUGACCUGUCCUCCUCUAUUGGGAUUAAUUUUUUUUUUAUAUCCACUUGCCUCUGAAGAUUCAAUUUGAUGUCCAAGUUUUCCACAUCUGAUCCAUUCUAGGGUUUCAAGAAUGUCUAUAAUUGUAUUUAAUGCGUGGUCAAUUCUCAAACAAUUCCACAAAGUGGUUUCUACAAGAGGCCAAUCAUCUUUUGACUGUUCACAGGGGUGCCCCUUUUGUUUAUUUGAGAGGAUUUCCUGAAACUGUAAAACACUGGAUCUGAUAUUACAACGGUGGAAACUCCAGGCAUGGUACAAGGAUGGAUGUAAGAAAUAUGGGUAUGAUUUGUCAGAACUGUGAGAAAGUUUAUAUUCCUAAGGGCAUGAUGCUUGCAUCUAGAGCUUUUUGUUUAUUUCACAUACCAAUAGAUUUUGACUGUCUUGAUAUAUCUUUCUUAAUUCUGAUCUUUACAUGAUCAACAGGUCUUUUUGGCAUAUCCAUAAAUUGAUCUCAUUCUGGAGCAAGUGAUUUUAGAGGUGGGUCUUCUUUUGCUCUUUCUAGAUUCUGCUCUGGAACCUAAGUCCUCUUGGACUUUGAGGUGGCAUUAUUAUGGAGCAUAGGCAUUUGUUUGGCAAAUCCCAAAUUUUUGAUAUGGAGCAUGAUCAGAACCGGAAUCAUAUACCUUCUGAGCAGCCUUAUGUGCAUCUAGGCAGGGUUGGUCCUCCAGAAAAUGGUUCUGUUUAUCCAAUUGAAAGCAUUUCGACAACUGCCGUAACUUCUGCCUCCCAGUGGAAUUCAGCAUUGAGGUCAAGCGAGUAUCCAUCCUCAAGUCUCAGCAUAGAAGUACCACAUUAUCGACCGGCUUCCGGAGGCUCAUCUUAUGAUUCCUUCCUGCAGCCAUCGGCUGUUGGGAGCUACUGCCCAGCCUCACAGAAUUAUACUCACCAUGCAUCUUCUUCUAGCAAUUACAGAAACACAGUUCAUGGUGUUGAGGGUAGUGUUGUUACUCCUACUGUUGGUGGUGGAAGAGGGUCACGUAAAAGAAAAAGCCCAGCAAUUUCUAUGGUUUGUGAGAGAGGUAGUACUAGCAGAUACUACAAUGCUGGAAGUUCCUCUAAUGUUUCUAUUUCCUCCAAUGUGCGGCAGGAGAAACCUAAUUUACUUUCUCAACACUGGGUUUGGGACCCCAUCAGCAUGAACUCCAGUUAUAGAGGUGGAAGUCUGUCAAUUGGGAAUGAAGGUUCACAAAGGAAUGUAAGAAGCCAAUCUACUCUUGAUUUGGAAGCUAAUCUAGCUAGAACCCACUUGUCAAGCAGUGUUUCUCGCCAUCCCCAUUCCUCUGGCCAUCCAAUCGAUCAUUCUGGCAUGAUGGAUCUUGCUUGUCUUGGUGUUAAUGCAACCACUCAGGAAUGGAGCCAUAAUUCCAUGCCUCUUGCUGCUCGAGGAAGAAUUCCAGCUUUAGAUACCACUGGCCUGAGUAACCAGACCAACCAGUUUUUGGGUGUCUGCAACAGUAAUGGUUCUGUAGAGAUUGGUGGGUACCAGAAUGAUUGCAUUUUGAGCAGAAAUCCUGCUAUUCCUUUGCAAAAUCUUCAUGGUAACCCAACUCAAGCUGUGAGGAGUGGUCGCAGUAGCUAUUACCAAAGAUCAUCUGCGCCCAUUUACAGGGCCUCUUUGAGCUACCCACGCUUGGGGCACGUCUCAAAUUCUUCUGAAGAUGGCCUGCAGUUGGCAUCUGAAACUUAUUCUUCAAGACAUUUUAGGUCAUCAUCUACUGUGGGGUGGCGUAGCAAUGACAGGAAUGGAAGACCUAGGAUAACGUAUGGAAGGUUCCGAUCACAUUCUGAUGAAGCAGGUGGCAGUGAUAGAUUGGUAUCUGAGGGUCUUAUGAUUGUAGAUCGCUCAGCCUUUUAUGGUUCCAGGAAUUUGUUUGAUCAGCAUAGGGAGAUGAGGCUGGAUGUGGACAACAUGAGUUAUGAGGAACUCCUUGCUCUAGGAGAAAGGAUUGGGAGUGUCAACACAGGCUUGUCGGAAGAUAUGAGUUCGAAGAGUAUGACAGAGACAAUAUAUUGUUCCUCAGAUCAAAUACAGGAGGAAGGAAAUUGUGCGAUCUGCCUGGAAGAGUAUAAGGACAGGGAGGAGGUCGGGACACUGAAUAACUGUAGCCAUGACUACCAUGUGAAGUGUAUAAAGAAAUGGUUGUCAAUGAAGAAUGUCUGCCCAAUCUGCAAGACGCCUCCUGUCGCAGAUGAUUCGAUGGACAAUUAGCCUUGGUUUGCCAAUAUGCAUCUGGCUGUGUCCAUCUUUGUAAAUAUAUUUGGGCUUAUGGAUCGUCUCCUAAAGGAAGGAGACAGACUAGCCUGCAAAUUUGUAUAUAGAUGAUGUUCAAAAUUCAAUUUCAAUUUCAAUUUGGUCAGUUAUUCACAGAUAAAA